AUGUCCUGGUUUCAAAAGCAAGUUCGUCUCUCUCCUCGUCCAAGAGGCUGCCAUCUUGUCCAUGACGAGAUUGUGAGUCAAGUACCAGAGAUCAGGCAGUUCAAAGUAGGCAUGGCCAACGUCUUUUUGCAACAUACAUCGGCCAGCCUUAUGCUAAACGAGAAUGCGGAUCCCACAGUGCAAGCCGACAUGUCCAUGGGGUUGAACAAGAUUGUUCCAGAAGAUUGGCCUUAUCAGCAUGAUUACGAAGGCUCUGAUGAUAUGCCUGGACAUUUGAAGAGCGGCAUCGUUGGUGUCUCACUCAAUAUCCCAAUCACAAAUGGAUCGCUCAAUACUGGCACUUGGCAAGGCAUUUACUUGUGCGAGCACAGAAAUCAUGGUGGAUCUCGUCGCUGCGUGGUUACUAUUCAAGGAGAGAAGAAAUAG